UAAACAAGUCAUGAUGGAAUGGAACAGUUGUGUUAAUUUUGGCCGGCCAGGCAGUAACGCACAGUGAACGGUGCAUGCUGGCGAGUGGAGCUUCCAGGCAUCUCCCACACACAAUAUUACCGUCUGGUGUUUCAAUCUGGGUUGGCAUUGGCACGGGGCGUUCUUACGCCUUCCCUUAGUCCAGCCUCCGAUGUUGCGUGAGAGCCUCUUCAAUGGCUUUUGGAAAUACAACCCACAUGGGUUAUUUUCUCAAGGCAGCUGCAAAGUUCUCCGUUUCCCUGAAACACCGGUCUAUCAGGUUGCAUCAAAGGAAGGGAGAAAUUCCGAGCCGAAAAUGCCAGCGAGAAGAGCCAGCAGGACGAUGAAGCAUCUCCUUUUUUGGGGAUCCCUGGCCUGCCUUUUCCUCGGCGUUGGAAGUAAUCCAGAAAAACCACCUUCCCAUUGGAUGAGCGCGAUCCAGGGUGGAUCCGUCUCCUUUCGGCUCAGCAUUCCAUCCGAAAAAGUCAUAGUGGGGAUUGAAUGGAAUUUUAAAGUCAAGGAUGGCUCCAUCCUCCUGAUUGGAGAGUCCAGCAAUGGGAAAUGGAAACGGCCCAAUCCGGAGGACCAGUUUGGGGACCGCCUGGAACUGGUCAAUCAGACCAUGCUGAGGGUCCAUGACCUGAAGACGGAAGACGGAGGCAUCUAUACGGCUCAUGUCAGGUUUGACACGGAUGAGAUCCCAGAGUACAACUUCCCCCUUGCUGUCUAUGGUGCUCCACAGCACACACAAAAGAAGUUAGACACCAACAAGAACUUUCAUAAGGCUGGAGUCAUAGGGGGAUCUGUGUAUUUUGACAUAGAUUUAAGACAAGAUUGGGAAAAGGAUCGGAUUGAACUGAAAUGGCAAGGCAAAACCGGAAGUCCUCUCCUGAUUGCCGAAUCCCGACGUAAUGAUUCAAAUGCCAAAAACAGGUUUAGGUCACGGCUGGAAUGGAACGAGACCAUGUUGAGGAUCCGAAACCUGAUGUUGGAGGACACCGGAAAUUUCACGGUCCAUGUCAAGCAUGAAACGGGUGACGUCAGUGACAAAACAUUCAGGCUAGUUGUCUAUGGGGAAGCUCCAGCCCCACGGAUCCUUCCCAGUAAUUUGUCUAUAUCUCCGAAAGGGUGUAACGUGACCUUGCAAUGUCAAGUAACUGGAACUAAGGGAGUUAACAUCUCCUGGGAAGGAAGACCAUAUUGGGGGCUCAGUCAGCAAUCCAACAAUGGCACAUAUCUCCACUUGUUCCUCUGGGGCAACUAUUCGGACUCCACCAUCAACUGCAGCUCCAGCAAUCCUGCAGAUAAAAAGGUUGCGUCCAUCAAAUUGUUCAACAUCUGCUCAAAUGCAAGCCAAACAUGGAGAUACCACCUUUUAGUCCUUCUGUUAAUCCCUAUUGUGGCUGCAGCAGGUUUGGGCAGUUGGAUGUGGAAGAAGAAAAGCAGGAAAAAGUCAGCAAUUACAGCUUUUAACUUCAAAAAGAACAAGGAGAUCAACACUCCAGAGACACUCUAUGAAAACAUCGGGCAGAAGAGACUUCAUACAGGUGAUCAGACCCAGGCCAAGGACAGGAGCCCUCCAGAGGUUAUCUAUGAAAAUAUUGGCGAAAUAUCGGCAGGCGAACAAUACCAGCAUCAGCCAUUUGCCGGCACCAUGGUCAACGUACCCCCUCCGCUUUAUAACCAAGUUGUCCUUCCUCGAUGAAUAUUCAGAUUGUGAACAGAAAGCUUCCUCAGCAGAGCCAAACUCAACUUGAGGAACAUGGUUAUGUUCAAAGAGGUUCUUGAGGACCAACUUCCUCCAAGAAGAGAGGACCUUCUCUCCAUUCCAUCACCAAUAAUAAUAAUAAUUUAAAAAAAUGAGCACGCAAAGAUACUGUGGGACUUCCGAAUCCAGAUGGACAAAGUUCUGGAACACAACACACCAGACAUCACAGUUGUGGAAAAGAAAAAGGUUUGGAUCAUUGAUGUCGCCAUCCCAGGUGACAGUCGCAUUGACGAAAAACAACAGGAAAAACUCAGCCGCUAUUAGGACCUCAAGAUUGAACUUCAAAGACUCUGGCAGAAACCAGUGCAGGUGGUCCCAGUGGUGAUCGGCACAUUGGGUGCCGUGCCAAAAGAUCUCAGCCGGCAUUUGGAAACAAUAGACAUUGACAAAAUUACGAUCUGCCAACUGCAAAAGGCCACCCUGCUGGGAUCUGCGCGCAUCAUCCGGAAAUACAUCACACAGUCCUAGACACUUGGGAAGUGUUCGACUUGUGGUUUUGUGAUAUGAAAUCCAGCAUAUCUAUCUUGUUUGCUGUGUCAUAAUAAUAAUAAUAAUAAUAAUAAUAAUAAUAAUAAUAAUAAUACAUAUUCCUAAAUGCUUGGGAAGUGUUCGACUUGUGAUUUUGUGAUACGAAAUCCAGCAUAUCUAUCUUGUUUGCUGUGUCAUACAAUAAUAAUAAUAUUAUACUUUAUUUAUA